UGUCUCAGUGUCAUUUUAGUCGUGGUGUGUUCAUCACAUUAGCCUCAAGACACAAAUACCUGAGGUUGUUCUCAUACUUUUUUUAGUUGCUAAGAAAGGAACUGGAGGUGUGUAAAUGUAGUGUUGUGUUACAGUAAUGCUUUCAGUUCAACAGUCAUUGACUCUUCAGAUUGCUUUUAGAUCUGGCUGUUUUCCAAAACUCAUGUGUUUUAGCCGGUCGUCACACAGGAAGUCUGUUAUCGCUUGAUUUGCACUUGUUAAACUGCAUUGUCUUUCAAUUAGCCUGUAUUUGGAAACCUGGCAUAAAAGUUGACCCGUUUAAGGCAUGUUCCUCUGUUUCACUUGCAUGCACUGGUUGGGUGAGGUUAUUUAGCAGAAUGUAGAUAUGCUGAUAACAAGGCUGAACAAGAGUGGUGCCAGAAUUGUCCUUGUGGGACUCCACGUCAUUGACAGAAUGCGUGGAGCACCUUUCAACACAAUCCCUAGCAGCAGUAACGAUGCAGACCUGAGUAACGCACACUGUUGAGCGAGAGAGAGACCGCGUGCCUUGCGAGCGAGAUGGGGUUCGGCCGGGACCUGCGCAACUCCCACGAGGGUCUGAUGAAGUUGCAGGACUGGGAGCUGAAGCUGCUGGAGACAGUGAAGCGCUUCAUGACCCUGCGGGUGAAGAGCGAUAAGGAAUAUGCAUCGCUCCUGCUCAACAUCAGCCAGCAAGUGGACAAGCAUGACAGCUCCUCUCAGAUCCAAUACGUCAGUACUGUCUCCAAGUCAUGGACUCACAUGGUGCAGCAGACAGAGCAGUUGAGCAAGAUCAUGAAGUGUCACGCUGAGGAGCUGAACUCAGGGCCUCUCCACCGCCUCACAAUGAUGAUCAAAGACAAGCAGCAGGUGAAGAAGAGUUACCAAAGCCUCCACCAACAGCUCGAGUCUGAGAUGCACAAGGUAACCAAAAGCGAUCUUGAGAAGUUAAAAUGCAACUACAGGCAGUUAACUAAGGAUGCUGUUUUAGCAAGAGACAAAUACAAGGAAGCUGUUGCAAAAGGCAAAGAGACUGAGAAAGCCCGUGAGCGUUAUGACAAAGCUACCAUGAAGCUACAUAACCUGCACAACCAGUAUGUGCUAGCAGUGAAAAGUGCACAGGUACAUCAGGAGUACUAUCAUGAGACUGCAGUGCCUCUGCUGCUGGACUCCCUGCAGAAGAUGCAGGAGGAGAUGAUCAAUGCACUUAAGGGGAUUCUGGAGGAGUACAGUGAAAUCACCAGCCUGUUAACAGAUGAAAUAGUGAAGGUCCACAAAGAAAUACACACUUCCAUUGACCAAAUCGAUCCGCUGUCAGAGUAUGACAACUUCAUCGAAAUUUAUAAAUUGCCAGAAGCCAAAGAACCAAAUGUAGAAUUUGACGCAAUGCUAUUAGAAGAAACAGAGAAUCUUCAAGCCAAUGAGAUUCUGUGGAAUAAUUUGACAGCGGACAAUUUGCAAGCUAUGCUGAAGUCCACCUCAGAGGAACUGGUUCAAACCCAGCAGAGUCUCCACAGCAAAGAGGACCUCAUGCUGGACCUGGAGAACAAAAUAGAGGAAGCUACCAAAAAAUAUGAGAAGAAAUCAGACGUGGUGAUGUUACUCAGUCAGAAGCAGGCUCUGGAGGAGUUGAGACAGACGGUCCAGCAAUUGCGCUGUUUGGAGGCCAAUCUAAUGGCACAAAGAGAACUACUAGAACAGAAGAUGCAAGAGAACGAGGGCAAAGAACCACCUCCUGUCGUCAACUACGAAGAGGACGCCCGCUCUGUCAACUCAAUGGAUAAAAGCAAAGACAAGGUAUCAAAGUUUGAAACCCUCAGACACUCCAUCGCUGGAAUCAUCCGCACGCCAAGGUCUGUCCUGGGCACUUCAUCAUUUUUUGAGGUGAUACCCACUAGUGAAAAGCCACUGGGCGAGCAAGAGUGGUAUCACGGCGCCAUUCCCAGGACAGAGGCCCAGGAGCUGCUGAAGCAGCAGGGAGACUUCCUGGUGCGCGAGAGCCACGGCAAACCUGGAGAAUAUGUGCUGUCUGUAUUCUCAGACGGACAGCGCAGACAUUUCAUCAUUCAGUUUGCUGAUAACCAGUACAGAUUUGAAGGCACUGGCUUCCCCACCAUCCCACAGCUCAUAGAGCACCAUUACACAAAUAAACAAGUCAUCACCAAGAAAUCUGGGGUGGUGCUCCUCAACCCUGUCAUAAAGGAUAAGAAAUGGAUUCUCAAUCAUGAGGACGUCACUCUUGGAGAGCUCCUUGGGAAAGGAAAUUUUGGUGAGGUUUUUAGAGGAACACUGCGAGAUAAAACACUGGUGGCCGUGAAAACUUGUAAGGAAGAUCUUCCACAAGACCUGAAGAUCAAGUUCCUCUCAGAAGCCAGGAUCCUGAAGCAGUAUGAUCACCCCAACAUUGUGAAGUUAAUAGGCGUCUGUACCCAACGGCAGCCCAUUUACAUAGUGAUGGAGCUCGUGCCAGGCGGGGACUUUUUAUCAUUUUUAAGAAAGAAAAAAGAGGACCUCAAGACAAAGCAACUGGUCAAGUUUGCAUUAGACGCUGCUGCUGGAAUGGCAUACCUGGAGCUGAAGAACUGUAUACACAGAGAUCUGGCUGCUCGCAACUGUCUUGUGGGAGAGAGCAAUGUGCUGAAGAUCAGCGAUUUUGGGAUGUCCCGCCAGGAGGACAAUGGCAUCUACUCCUCAUCAGGACUGAAACAGAUCCCUAUCAAGUGGACUGCACCAGAAGCACUGAACUAUGGGAGAUACAGCUCGGAGAGUGACGUGUGGAGUUAUGGGAUCCUCCUGUGGGAAACCUUCAGUCUCGGAGUGUGUCCUUACCCCGGCAUGACCAACCAGCAGGCUCGAGAACAGGUCGAAAAAGGCUACAGAAUGUCCUGCCCGCAGAAGUGUCCAGACGAGGUGUACAGGAUCAUGCAGAGAUGUUGGGAGUACAAGCCUGAGAAUCGACCCAAAUUUGUCGACAUUCAGAAAGAACUGGCCGCUGUCAAGAAAAAAUAGCCUUUAAUGAGGAAAUGGCUGGAAGGCCAUCCAGGUGAUCCCUAAUCUGCAGAGAGAAACACACUGAAUGUUUCGCCCUCGAUAUUACAUGCUAUUAUUGAACUGAAAGAGUACUCCGUCACAUAAUCACUGUGUGAACUGCCUAUGCACCAGCUGUUUUGAGCCAUUAGCAUGGAGAGAGGUCUCAGCUUUUCUCUGAUGUCAAAAUUACGCAGAUUUUCCCUUUUUUUUUUUUGGAAACAGUUAAGCUAUGACAGAGAAGAACGCAAGAUGUAUUAUGUGCAUUCAUUGUGCCAUUGAGUAUUCCUGUGUACGCACCAGUGAAAAAGGGGAGUGGUUUACCCGAAAAUGAAAUCCUGUCACAACUUGCUCACCCUUGUGUUGAUGCACACCUGCAUAUCUUUUCUUUCUUCUGUUGAACACAAAAACACUUUGGAAAAGUGUUUUUGGUCUAAUCAGGGUUAGUUGGGUCCAAUGUUGUUCUGUACUCAAUUCACUUUUAGUUUAUUGGGACAAAACAUUAUUCAAAAUAUCAUCUUUUGUGUUACACAGAGGAAAGAAAAAGUCAGGUUUGGAACGAGAUGAGGGGUGAAUUAAUGACAGAAUUUCAUUAUUAGGGAACUAUCCCUUUACAACAUGGAGAUGAAUGUGUGAAGAUGGACUGUUUGUCCACCCAUUAACACAAUACUGUCUUUUUAAAGCCUUUAAACCUGACGGUUUGGGGAGUUUUAUAGUCAUUUUUAUGUUACUGGAAAGUAAUAGGACAUUUUGUAUUUUAAAAAAAAUUCCAGAUGUUUGUCAGUCACAUAAAAGCAUCCUUAAGACUUUCACUGAGUGACAUUCCAACGCUUCAGCACUCGAGCAGUGAGACCAAAUGCAAAGAUUUACCGAAGUGCAAUUUAUGAUCACAAGAAUGGUAUACUACAGCCUUCAUGUAAAACCAAGCGAUCCUGCGGCUGCUUGUGACCAGUUGAAUGACAUGGACACUCCAUCAAUCUACCGUUUAUAAGCCUUCAGAUUUCCUCCAAAUACUCCAACCUCCCGCCUCUUCAUGGUUCAUGCCAUCUGAUGGUUAAAUGGAUAGUAAAAAAAAGAAAAGUCAACUUGUCAUCAUUUACUCACCCCCAUGCCUUUCCAGUGCUAUGAUUUUCGUUUCUUCCAUAGAGAACAAAAGGAGAAAUGUAUUAUAAUGUUCACGCUGCUCUUUUCCAGUCUGUGAAAGAAUAUGGUGACCGGAUCCCUUGAGCUUUAAAAAGCACCAGAAAAGUAUCACAGAAUUGGUCUAUACAACCUUUGCAGUACAUUUCAAUCACUUUUGCUGCAUUGUAGCUUUCAGAUCUCGAUGAUGGUUUGGAUAUAUUCAGAUCCGUAAUUUGAAGGUGUGACAACCCUUUUGAUUCAAGUGAUGCAAAAAUGCUCUUCAUUGACACAUUUAAAUACAGUUUAAAUAUGUGGACGUGCCAACGAGGGAAAGAUUUUAGUGAAUAACUUUUUCAUUUUCAUUGUAUGGAAAAGAGCGGUCUACAAAAACAUCUCCUUGGAACAAAGAAAAUCAUACUAUUUUGGAAAUAUGAUGAUUAGAUCAUGACAAAAUUGACAUUUUUCAGUGAACUAUCUCUUUAUAUUUAUAUUGUUGCCAUGUAGCAUUUAUUAGACAUCACCAAAAACUCUGUCCAAAACUGACUGUUUUAUCCUGUUCGGGGAUUUCUGUUUUUUUGUUGUUGAUGUUUUUUUGGGGUAACCAACAACCAAAGCCAGUCACAAGCAUGUUUAUUUGUAUCUAUGCUAUUGUCUUGGAUUGUGAUGUUCUUAUUCUUGUGCUUUUUUAAGAUCCGGUUUUCUCAUGCAAACAACCCUCGAGACAUAAUAGAUGCAUUAACCUACACAAGUAUUGCAGGUUUGGUUAGACAAUGAUGUGUUUUAUAUUAAGACUAUCACAGGUUGUUUCCUAUUUUUUUCAGGUGCCAUUUUCUUUCCAUGUUUCCCAAGCUCCACAGACCGUGUCUUACCAGCAGCUUCUUGUUCCCGAGUCACAUAAAUUUGUCGUUCCAUUUCCACAAAAAUGGAAUCGUGGUUUCUUCAAGGUUUACUCUAUAAAAGCAUUCCUUUUGUAUUUUGUAAAUACUUUUUUGUAGAUUCCGUAAUGUCAUUUUAUAGGAGUUUGUUUUUUGUUUUCACUGCAAAAUUAAUAUUAGAAUGUGGACGACUGUCAGGAAUAUGCAUCAACUUUCAGUCAUAAUAGUAGCGAUGAUGACCCAGAAUCAAUACCAAUUUAAUAUUUGCACAUUUGGAGUAUGUAAAGAGGGUCCCAUAACAUUGACACUGCUUCUUUCUAUUCUGCAAGAUCUUUUUUUUUUCUCUUCACGUUGUUGUCAUCACUAAAGCAGCCAAAAGUCAAUGGAGUUUGACAUGCAAUAAAAUGCAUGCGCUAAUCAUACAGAACUGGUGACAAUAUACACAUAAAGCUACUGUAUAAUACAGUUUGGAUUUGUAUCCUUGCAUGAAUCACCAGUGAGUUCAGAUCAAAAUUAUUUAUUUUAUUUUUUUUAAGCUGAGCUUACAUCAAUUACUGGCAAGUAAACUCUUGUUUUUUUUUUGUGUUUUUUUUUAAAUGUCAAAGCAAUUAUCCCUGUAGUGUGGUGUUUGAAAUACUGUAAUAUUAUUCUAGCAUUUUAAUCUUGCUUUUUUGUACCAUUCACUAUGAUUCAUGAUGUCAGUGUAUUAAAGCAAACACCAGUAUUGUCUCACGUUAUAUUGAAAUUUGUGUGUUACACAGAGACAUUACAUUCCCUUUCCCAAGUCUGACUUGCACAUAGUGUUCUUGUAAACUUCCAUCAGAAAAAUGGCUUGCUUUGUUAGAGCAGUGAUACUCUUAAUAAAUCAUUCAUAACUUGACAGCUCAUUUUCAAAGUAUUUAACAAUAAGCACAGUUUUCUGUUGUCAUUCAGCCGGGCGAUUCUUCCUUCCCUGUGCUGGACUAUUUAUUUUGUGAUGGAAAAAUGUUAUAUAUUGAUUGCACUUUUGGCCUUUUUAUGCUUUGAAAUAUCCCCCAAUAUAAAACAGCAUAAAAUAGUUGUUUCAGCUCCAAACUGGCUUGAAUUGAUCCAUCAACAAAAGUAGAAAAAGCAACACUGGACGUUUCGUUUUCAAACUAAUGCUUUUAGAGAUUUUGACCCCUGCCAGCUGAAAGAAGAAAUAUGAAAAGAUAAAUGGGCUUGAUUCCUUGUUUUCCAUUCAGUUCUCUUUCCCCUCUCUGAUGGUCGUACAACUAUAACAAUGUCUGCUCAUUGUUUAUAACACUUGCAAUAAAGUUUUUGGAGUCUAUGAA